AUGUCCGUCCACGCCGACCCGCCCCCAUCGCUGGUGCGGGAGCCCCACCGAUUUGAAUAUGAAACUGCAGAACAACUUGGGAAGGGUGGCUUCGCCAUCUGCCAUCGCGCCGCUCUUCUCGACAACGGGAAGCCCACCGGACGGAUAGUCGCCCUAAAGAUUGUCAAGUCGAAGAUGGAACCACCCAAGCUUGCGCAGAAGUUUGUCACGGAACUGCAAAUACACUCGAAACUUCAUCAUCCGAACAUCGUCGAUUUCUACCGCGCUUUCUCCUUCGAAACCAGUACAUACGUCGUUCUUGAAAUCUGCGACAACGGCUCCUUGGCGGAUAUCCUCAAGAAGCGGAGGCAUUUCACCAUGCCUGAGAUCCGCCGUUUCCUAAUCCAAACAUGCGGUGCUGUCAAGUACCUCCACCACCGAAACAUUAUCCACCGAGACCUGAAGACCGGGAAUCUCUUCCUUGAUAAGGACAUGAACGUCAAGGUCGGGGAUUUUGGCCUCGCCGCUGUCUUGAUCUCGCAGAACGACCUUGGAGCACGAAGGACCACCAUGUGCGGAACACCAAACUACCUUGCACCCGAGAUUCUCGAGAAGGGCGGCAAAGGUCACAACGAGAAGGUCGAUCUCUGGGCCAUUGGAAUCAUCGCAUACACUCUAGCCGUUGGAAAGGCGCCGUUCCACGCGCCGAAGAGAGAAGACAUCUACAAGAAACUCCAGACGCGCGAUUACAGCUGGCCGGAUCCUGCGAAGACGACGAACGACAUAUGCCUUGAGCUGAAGGAUCUCGUAGGCUCUCUUCUAGUCCAUGAAGAUGACAGACCAAGCCCGGACAAGAUUGUCAGCCACGACUUCUUCAAGCUCGGAUACAUGCCCGCAAGGCUGGACGUGAAAUACAAGGCAGGUGCUCCGAAGUGGCCCACAAGAGCACUACCUGCCUCGGCACGUGCCCGUGGCUAUUCCGAUGAGUGGUUCAAGCUGUGUAAGGAGUCAGGCGUCGGUGAAGUUGCAGAGGGUAAGGUUUUCUCCGUCAUUGGAGGCAGGAAGAUCAGGUCUGUCGUAAAGGACUGCGAAAAGGAACUCGCUCUUGGACGCCAGCCAGUCGUCCCUAUCCCGUCCGACGCUGUCUAUGUGCCGUACCCCGAUCGUAACGACUGGCCGGACGUGAACCCUUGCGCACUGGCUGAAAUUGUGGAGGAUAAGGAAUCGUCUCAGGAAGGGUGCCAGCUAGCUGAGAUUACCGGCAACGACCGGACUCAAUCAGCACUCAUGAAACCACCCACGAGAGGAGGCAGGACCUUCUCGCACAAGGAGAACGUUGCGCCACAGCCCCUUCAAACAGGCGAGAAGCUGGAGAGGCCGAAGCGCACAAGGAGCAUUCAGGCAGCAAUUCGCACUGUCAGUGCACAGAGACCGCCGAGGCCAUCAAGGGAAAUCCACAGCGCACCGUUGGCUAGACCUACCAGAGACAUGCCGUCCUCGGACUCCUCCUUGGAGGAGUUAGGCGAGAUUGAGCCAGUCCCCAAGGUCCCGGCGCCGGUCAAGAGAAAACAGCCUGAAAGGGUAGACUCGCUAGAGCCGGCUUCGCGCCCUUCCACACCGUCCGAUCCCUCUCUGGUCCCACAUUCCGAUCCGGAGUCGGUGCUUGCGCGAGUCUCGACGUUCCGCGACAACAUCGCCAGAGCUUUGGCCAACCGUGCGUACGCGACGCGGAAGCCAGCCAGCUCGUACUCGCUCCCAUUCGUAUCGAAAUGGGUGGACUACUCCAGGAAACAUGGAGUCGGAUACGUUCUUGAAAAUGGAAAUAUUGGGUGCAUCCUAGGAGCCACCUCACGUGAACCGGUGACGCAUGUGGUGGCCCGAGAUGGCUACAAGCACCUGCAGGCGCUCGGAAAAGAGCCAAGCUCGGUGGACAAGGUGCCACUGGAGUACUACACCGACUGUGGGGAGAAGGGAUUGCGGGCCGCCGAGAUUGCCAAAGAGAGGAGGCGUACCACUGGCAUUCUCUGGGCCAAGUUCGGCAAGUACAUGUGCCAGCAAGGUCCCUCGCAGGGCGACGAAACGCAAAGCGAAGACGACAAGGUUGCCAUGUUCGUCCGGUUCUACCAGCGCUUCGGCAGCGUGGGAAUCUGGGGAUUCGGUGACGGCUCGUUCCAGUUCAAUUUCCCCGACCACACGAAGCUGGUGCUCUCGGCGGACGGCUGCUUCUGUAACUUUACGUGUCUGUCGUUGGAGGCAGCGCAGUACCUGGAGCAGUACGGCGAGGUGCCAUACAAGUACAUUAAAACACGCAAUACUCUAACGACCUCUCUGCGCACCCUACUCAAUGCGACGGGAGAAAAGGGCGCGCCGAUCAAGGCGCUGGCAGACGCGAACUACCUCAAGGAGAAGCUGCAGUUCAUCAUGACGGUCAUUGACGGCUGGGUGGCAGGCGGCGGCCUUGGCUGUUCGACGCGGGAGACGGCGCGGCUGCGAUGGGAGGGCCCGCUGGUGGAGGACGAGAGGAAGCAGGAGUGGGUGACGGUGGGGCGGCAUGGCGGAGAUGCGCCGCGCGGGUCGGCGUAG